AUGUUCCCUGACGUUUUUCGUCUUGCAGCUGAUAAGGACGGUACAGUUCAAGCUCACUCAGCCGUAGACGGCAACAGUAGAAGGUGGGGCUGGGGGUGGCUUAGGGAACCCUCGUCCGGGUCCGAAUGGGGCCAAAUCGGGUUGCUAAUGGGCCUGCUAAACAACGUUUCCCUCAUAAAUAAAAAAGAUUCUUGGGUGUGGGACACUAGCUCAGGGGAGGCCUUUUCUAUCAAAUGUAUCAGGCAGGAAAUUGAUUCAUGGGGCUCUGAUCAAGCGAUCGAGGCUUGCUUCAAGUGGAACUCUUGGGCGACUCCAAAAAGUAACUACCUCCUUUGGCGUGCUAUCUCCGGUAAAGUGGCGUCAAAAUAUGCCCUUAACCAAAGAGGGAUCCCCCUGCAAAGUAUUAUGUCCGAUCGUUGCGGUUUAAAGGUAGAAACUUCGGACCACGUCUUUGUCGAGAGCCUCUUCGCUCAAAGCAUUUGGUGGAACGUCUUCGUUUGGAGCAAGGUUCCUUUCCCUCGGAAUGUUGCUACGUUGCGGGAUUUGUUGAAAGACAUUUUGGAGAGCCCGGGAAAUAAGACAUGGAUGAAAUUGAUCUAUAUGGUGGCUGCGGCAACGGUUUGGAGGAUGUGGCAAGCGAGAAACAACAAGACUUUUGAAUGGGUGUUUGUUCCGGUCUUGAGAACAGUCGAGUUUAUCAAAGAGGAUGCCUUCGUUUGGUUGAAGAAUCGGACAAAACUCCCUCCCCUAGCUUGGGAGAAAUGGAUUUAUUUCGAUGUAUUGGACCUUCUGUAG